UCAGGAAGUUAUUGGGAAUUAUGAAAUGACAUCACCACAGUUUUUCCUGGCUUUGUUUGGUGCUCCUCCUGACCACGCCUUCCUGCCGGCUCCAUCAUAAAGCAGCCAGGCUGUGUGUGUGCACCAGUUGAUCUCCGGUCAGUGCGGACAACAGGUGCACUGCAGCCUCCCUCCACCUCGCUGCUGGAUAAUGCUCGCUGAGCGCCGCUCGUCGCUUUGCGCAGGGCUUCCUCGUCUGCACUUUGGACAUUUGCACGUUUUUGUAUCCUGAUCCUGACCACUUCCAGCCACUAAAAUGCCUUUUCCGCCUAUCAGCCUCCACCAGCGUAUCUCCUCUCCCGGCAGGGAACUAUUCGGGAAAAAGAAAGCCAACGGAGUGCCUCCUCACACUGAGCUCACCAGCAAAUCCGGCAGAGAGAAAGGAGGGUCCGAUAAGGAGAAGACGUCCACUUCUUGGACAUCGGCGAAUUUACGGAAUUUAGGGCGAAAAGCCCAGCAGGACAAGAGUAAAAGCCCCUCUCAGAAGGCAAGUACCGACCAGGAGACGCAGGGAAAGUGCUCCUGGCUGUCGGUACCCAAACCUCAGGACUCAUCUGAAGGAGUCAGGCGCUCCAGCUCCAUGGACUCCGCCAGACACCUCCAGGGCAAAGAGGACGGGAAGAAGGAGAUUCAGUUUACCCUCAGUCUUACCCCUGAAGCCAUCCUUGUCAUCCAAAAACGAAAUCUAGAAAAGCAGAUGAUGGCAAAGCAACAGAAGUGCUGCGCCUCCGCGGACUUUCGACACAGGCGCGUUUUUCCAUCCAAAAAGGCGCACGGGGCGUCCAAAGGCUGCGCUCCUGUCGCCAAAGUGGAAAGCGCCGAGCAGGACAUCACCGCCAUUGUUAAGAUAUCUCUUUUGAAUGACCAAUACAAGUACGACGAUGUGGAGUACGAAGAGGAGGAUGGAGACGUGGAUGAGACUGUUGUGAGGAAAUGUAAAGAGUGGCUCAAAGGAGUGGAAAACGCCGCUGCUUUGGGAAAAGUCGACAAACUUUCUGCACUCCCGCACCUUAAAGGCUGCUGACACCUGACUGUUGAUAUUUUUUUUUUUUUCUUUAGACAGCAGACUGAACAGAUGAUGGACUCUGAAAUGUGUGCACCGAUGUUGGCAUGCUGCAAUGGCAUCUUAAAUUUGAGUCUUGUAAAUUAAAUGUUUGCAAAUGUGAAGGGAGGAAAUCCACUUCACAGAAUGUCAGUUUGUUUCCAAGUUAUUGCAUAAAAUAGAUGUCAUGUCACUUAAAAAAUACAAUUGUUUAAGAAAUUGAAAACAGAAAUGUCAUUGGAAUAAGAGGAAAUUUGGCCUCCACAAAAAUAAGAUUUGAAAGCGUAAUUGCAGCCUGUGGCUCAGCCAACAGUGCUUCUUAUGGUUCACAGAAACGUUGCUUUGCCUGCUCAAUGGUUUGUCAAAGUUUGAACUGAAUACCUUAAUAUUCUCCUUCUUUGCACAUGGUUUUUGUUUUCAGUGGGGCGCCUGUGGAUUGGCAGAGGGGUUUGCGUAAAGGGACGCGAAAGCCGCUCCUUUGUGUUUGAGAACAAUACACUAUCAACAACAGCGCUUUCUAUACGCCUGCUGCUGAAACCAAACUGGACUGUUGAUUUUUCCUCUAAUAAGAGGGUUAUAUCCGUUGUAGGGAUUUAUCAGCGAUGUACAGUAUUUAAUAUUUACUAAAUGUUUGUACUGUCAAACGUUUUCUCAGCUGAUUUUAUGCCAAUUGAAGUAAAAAAAAUGUUUUUUUUUAAAUUAUGCAAGUGUGACUGACCCUUUUAAAUCUCUCUAAAGCUGA